AUGGCGUCCGCCGGAAUCAGCAGCAUGGGGAAUGGCAAGGCCGUGCGUGCGCUGCUCGCCAUCGUCGCCGUCAUCGCCGGUACGCUCCGUCAUUCGCUCCGCUCUCUCGCCCCGCGCUCUCAUGCGCCAUCGUGCUCACGCCGUCAUGCGUUCAAUGCACCACUCGACAGCGCGCACACGCGAUGGAUGCCCAACGAACUCGCUCCUUCGUCCGUGCCCCUCCCAUGCCACAUGCCGCUCCCUUGCAGCGUGUCUCCCCCAGCCGUCGCAAGCAGCAGCAGCAGCGAGCGUGUCGGUCCCAGUGCCGAUAGGCACGCCGAUGACAAUCAACGGGCGCACAUUCAAAUUCUCGCCGCGCCGCUGUGUCAACCUUCCCGCCAUGUCGCCGUCUCAGAAGGCGCGGGUGGUGGUGCCGUGGCAGCAGGCGAGCAUGUCUGGCAAGGCUAUGUGCCGCGCGAUCUGGUUCUUCCAGGAUCCCGCGUGCAAAGGACAGACGUUGGACGUUUUCGUGAAUGGCCAACAGAGGUGCGCCUUCCAUUCUUGCUCGCCUUGCUUCCAUGCUCCUAUGCUCUUGAUGCCGCUCGUUUGCUCCCCCACCUGAUCAACGAUCGUUGCACUCGUGGCGCCCUCCCUCCCCCUGUGUGCAGUGAGAAGCGCAUCUCCGGUGCAGCAAGGUCCGCCCUCUGCCUCGUAGACAACAUGUGUCGGUAUGCGCGCUGCCCUGCCGGCUCUGACACAUGCACCCCACCCACGGACGACCGCACGGCAGUGACGUGCGCGUGCAAGAAAGGCUACAGCGCGGUCAACAACAAAUGCCAGCCUCCCACGUGUCUCCCGCAGCCGUCGCUCGCAGCGGAAAUCCCAUCGGCCCCAGCGAGGAUUGCCACGCAGAUGACUAUCAACGGCCGUCCUUUUAGCUUCGAGUCGCGCCGCUGUGUCAACAUCCCCGCCAUGCCGGGUGCAGUCAAGGCUCGCGUGGAAGUCUCUCGACAGCAGGGAAGCGAUGCUGGCAACGCUGCUACGUGCCGCGCAAUCCGGUUCUUCCAGGAUCCCGCGUGCACAGGCCAGACGCUGGACCUUCUCCCCAUCAUCGGCACACAGAGGUGCGCCUUUUAUCCCUGCUCGCAUUGCUUCCAUGCUUUGAACGCCGUUCGGUUGUUCCCCACCAGACGCUGGACCUUCUCCCCAUCAUGGGCGCACAGAGGUGCGCGGCACGCCUUCUAUUCGUGCUCGCCUUGCUUCCAUGCUCGCCUUGCUCCCAUGCUCGCCUUGCUCCCAUGCUCGCCUUGCUCCCAUGCUCGCCUUGCUCCCAUGCUCGCCUUGCUCCCAUGCUCGCCUUGCUCCCAUGCUCGCCUUGCUCCCAUGCUCGCCUUGCUCCCAUGCUCGCCUUGCUCCCAUGCUCGCCUUGCUCUUAACGCCGCUCGGUUGCUCCCCCACCUGACCAACGACCCGCGCACUCGUGGCGCCCUCCCUCCCCCUGUGUGCAGUGUCAAGUAUGUUCCCGGUGUAGUGACGUCCGCCCUCUGCCUCACUGCUCACCUGCCCUCUCUCCCUCUCUCUCGCCCUGCCUGUGCUGCAGAAACCUCACCACCUGCCACCGGCACCACCGGCACCACAGCACCUUCCGGCAACAUUCUGGAAUCCGCCAACUCCGUUUCAGAGUCUGCCCGGGCCAUGCUGGAAUCCACCCUUGGCGUUACAGAUCCUGGUACCGGCACCGCCAUUUCAGGGGUUUCUAAUGCCUCUAUCGAUCCUAGUACCGGUAACAACACUGGCGAAGGACCUGCCGCCACUGACGCUGCAGUUCCUGUGGUCUUCACUCCAGGCACUUUCACCAACGAUGCAGUGAAUCCCACCAAAUCCCCCGAACCUUCCGUGAACGCGUAUGACACUUACACUACUGCUGCCACCGUGCCGGGCUACUGA